AUCUCAGCGAACCCCCGAUACGCCCAGCGACGACGACCACGACAACCAGCCCUUCCACGGAAUCGCCAGAUCCCUAAUUCAAGAUGACGAAGGGUACCUCCAGCUUCGGCAAGCGCCACAACAAAUCCCACACUCUCUGCCGGCGUUGUGGCCGCCGCAGCUUCCACAUCCAGAAGUCGACCUGUGCUUCUUGCGGCUACCCAGCUGCUAAGACCCGCAAGUUCAACUGGAGCGAGAAGGCCAAGAGGCGCAAGACCACCGGCACCGGCAGAACGAAGCACCUGAAGGUUGUCCACCGUCGCUUCACAAACGGAUUCCAGAUCGGCACUCCCAAGGGCGCCCGCGGUCCCGAGAACCACUAAAUAUGCUUUCGACGUCGCGUUUUUCGUUCUCGGAGGGAUGAGGGGGAUUGGUGUGCGCCAUGUAUGACUUGGUGGCUUUGGACCAGAUGAGCGGCUGUUCCUUAAUUCAAAGCGAAUGAAGAAGCUUUCACUACGGAGUUUGUUGAGACGG